AUGCACCAUAGACCAUCUCGUUCACGCAGACAUGGUGACGCCCCACAUCCAUCAUACACUGUCCAGGCAGACAAUAUCAUGGUAGAUUUAGGUUCACAGGCCACACUUGACUGUUACCAGUGUCUUCUCGACCGCGAGAUUAUGUCACAAGCCUGGCCCCCUAGCCACACACUAAUGCGGCAACUCCAUAUUUAUGAUGGUGUUCACGCUCUUUUUGCUAAUAUUGGCUUGGAGCGCCUAUUAUCUGUGUAUUUUGCCACUUGUCCCCUACUGACCCGAGGGUUUUUAGCCACGCUUAGUGAGAUAAAUCAUGAGGGAAACCUAGCUUUUCGCAUUUUUAGCAUCCCUCAUACUAUCCACGUAGACCAGUUAUGUACUAUCUUCCAUACCCCCAUCACCAGUUUAUUCCAGCCCACCCCCGCUUUUGAUGUACGUGAGUUUUGGUACUCCAUCACUGGUUUGCCCUCUUAUGAUUCAACCUCAUCCGUACAGACUAGUAUCGUGCACCCUGCUAUUAAAAUUGCAUUAAAAAUUAUAUGGAAUAUCAUUUAUGCACAGCUUGAGACUAAAAAAGCCGACAAAGCCGAUCUUUUUCUUUUGUGUUGCAUGAUCACCGGGUCAUACCAUCCACAUUUUGGUGAUAUUAUCAUCAGACGGUUCCAUAGAGUUAUAGCCCUUCGCACCGGCGAUGUAAUUCCCUGUGGUGGUUUGAUUUCUAUCAUUGCCCGCUCCCUCACGCCGCAAUCUCCUCUAGGGUACACCUUCUUUACAGGUGAUGCUUUUCGUCUGACCCUACAGAAUCUUCGGGCUAUGCACAUGCUUCAUACUGCCCCAGGUGGAUAUGUUUGGAUGCAUGGUCACUCCACUUAUUUCAAGCUCACUGGCCUUGAUGACAUCGCCCUUGCUGACCCUAUUAGCGACACUCUGUGGGUUCUUCAGUCGAACAUCCCACCACCUUCUCGCCCAUGUAGGGCACAACAGGUCUGA